UGUUGGUUAAAUUUUACGCAAGCGCUCCCAAUCCAAUAAACCAUUUCGCCAUGAGAGAAGAAUCUAUGCAUUAAUAAAUUCAUCAGCUGAUGCCAAAACAUGGCCCAAAAUAAUAUCAAAGUCUUGCUCGGAUUUGAAGACGAACUCAUCACUGAAAAGUAUAAAAGCCAAGUUAACUUCACCACCAAUAAAAUUGGAGGAAAACCCGAUUUACCAAGCAACAUCAAGCUUGAACCGCCAAUCUGUCCACUGUGCCAACUGCCAAGACCUUUGGUGGUGCAAGUCUACGCACCUCUGGAGUCUUCACCCUACCACCGGACUUUAUAUUUAUUCGCUUGCAUAAAUCCAAAUUGUUGGAAUCAAAGUGAAAGUUGGAUUUGUAUUCGUGUCCAGUCCCAAGAAAAAUUAAUUGAACAUGAAGAAUCUGCAGCUGUAACUUCCAAAACUAGCGCAACUGAUUGGUGUGCCGAUGCUGAUGAUUGGGAUGAUAACAAUGCUAACAUAAAUGAAGAAAAUGGCAAUUUAAUUAACAACAUUGAACGAGCUUCUGAUGAAGAUGACGAAAGUUGUAGUUUUGAAGAGUCAGUGAGGACGGGACUUGGAAAUUUAACAGUGGACGACAGAAAUGCAAAUAAUGGAGCAUUUGGUGGUGCUGUUGGUCGUUUACAUUCUCCAUCAGCCACCGCUGAAAUCGAGGGCGACGAAGGGGAAGUCGUCACCAUUGAUAGUCCCGUCAUGCCCCAACAAGACAUUGUUGCCCUUUUGCAAGAAGCAACCCCUUUACCGCAAGACCUCUGCCACAAUCUGCAGAGUGACCCACGCAAAACCUCUCUUUUUCAAUUCAUCUCAUCGUUUAUGGGUGUGUGGGAGGAAACUCCGGGUUCUUCCACAAUUAGCGAUAGACACGUCAAAGAAUUGUUGCAAGAGUAUCAACAGAAAAACGAUGACGUGAAUUUAAUGAGUCCAGACACUGGAGGAGCGUCGGCACAAAUCACUGAUAACGUUUACGAAAAAUACGAAAAAAGCAAUCCGGCUCAUGGCGAUAAAAUGUUUCACCAUUUUCUCUCAAAGAUACAAAUGAACCCAAGUCAAAUUUUGAGAUAUAACAGAGAUAGUUCUCCACUUCUCUUGUACCCUUUACAAGGGUUUCAGUCAAUGUGUAAUUAUUGUAAAGGCGAUUUAGUUUUCGAAUUUCAAGUUUUACCAACGAUUAUUCCAAAAUUAAAAUUGGUAGGCGAUGCCAAACAUUGUUCAAGACUGGAAUUUGGAAGUGUCUUAGUAUUUACAUGCCGCAAGAGUUGCUGGUCAACCGAUACGAAUACGAGAUACGAGACUGUCAUUGUACAAUCAGAAGUUUAUUGAAUAUUAUGCAAUAUCGCGGCUAAAAAAUUCCACCAUUGCUUGCCAUUGUUUUAUUGUUGUGACUUCGUGUUUAUUACAUCACACAAAGCGAUAAUAUGUUAUGUCUGUUACAACUAAUUAGGGCAGGUCAUAUUUUUCUUCCAAGAUACGGAAAGUAUAAUGUAGGUACUUACAAUUAUUGUAGUCUCAGGAAUUGUGCAAUUUGCAACAGUUUUGCGCCUCAUAAAAACACUACAGUAGAUGGUACGGUAGUUUUAAUGCAAUUAAAUAUUUUCUUUGAGUUAAUGAAACUUACUAAUUGUUCUUAUGGUGGAUAUAAAUGGACUGUAAAAAUCAAUCAUUUUUUAUAAUUUAUUCAUAUUGGCAUUUAAAAUAAAUAAAAACUAAACAAUAAAUUCAUUACACAAUUCUUAAAAUCAUAUUAAGUACGUAAUUCCUGCACUAGAACACAAUAUCAUAAUACAUUAUCAUCACUUUUUUAAUGACUAUCUGUAGAAAUUGAAAUAUUUUCUUAGUACCUAAUAAAAUUUGUUCGCAUAAAUUUAAGUGAUAUAACCACAAUAAAGCGUUAAGAGUA